AUGUGGGCGGGAGUGCUUGGAUGUUUUGAGCAACGAGCGUCGCAAGCUGCCAAGGAGCGCGAAGUCCAAGUCGUCGAGUCGUCGAGCAGGCGGGCGACAGGACCACGGCAGGGCCCUCGCAGCAGCCAAGGCCGCAAGCCGGCUUGUUCGGAGGUUAUCGCUACGGCCAUGGGAAGAUGGGGGCAUGGGGACAUGGGGACAUGGCGGCAUAUAUGUGGACAAAGAGGGCAAGAUGCGACGAUGCAAAGAGCUGAGCAGCCCUCGCCCCGACCAGACGACAGCAUGCACAUAAUCAUGUGCGCUAUAGCGGCUAGUCCGUUAUACCUCCUUGUGCAUAGUACACGAACCACUACAUGGGAACAAUACAAUUGA